UUCCCUCGCUUAAGCCAUACAAACUCUUCUGACCGGCUCAUCUUAAGUCAGUGAUCGAAGCGAGCGAAAGAAAGAAAGAGAUACGGAGAGAGAGAGAGAGAUCGAAACCCUAACCCUCGAUCUCUUUUUUGCGAAGAUCUCGAGCUCUAGAUACUCUAACCUUAAUGGCGAUGAAUGCUUCAACCGAGCUGCCGGUGGUCGAUCCCCAGGUCUGGCACGCCUGCGCCGGCACAGCUGCCAAGCUCCCUCCAGUCGGAUCCCUCGUCUAUUACUUCCCCCAAGGCCACGCCGAGCAGGCUCCCUCCUUACCCGAUUUUCCCACUGUCUCCGCCGCCGGCGGCCGGCUCCCUUCCCACUUCCUCUGCCGCGCUGCCGCCAUCGGCUUCCACGCCGAACCCGACACGGACGAGGUGUUCGCCCGCAUCGUGCUCGAGCCCUGCUCCACUCCGCCGCCGCCUCUCUCGCCGGAGGCGUCGUCGUCCUCGGUGGAGGAACCGGACGACGGCGGGGCGGUGGUGUUCGUAAAGGCUCUGACGCCGAGCGACGCGAACAAUGGCGGGGGGUUCUCGAUGCCGAGGUUCGGCGCGGAGUCCAUCUUUCCGCCGCUGGACAUGGCUGCGGUGCCGCCGGUCCAGAACUUGACGAUCCGCGACCUCCAUGGGAAGGUGUGGACCUUUCGGCAUAUCUUCCGGGGGGUUCCCCCCCGACACCUGCUGACCACCGGGUGGAGCAGGUUCAGUGACGCCAAGAAGCUCGUUGCCGGCGACGCAUUGGUCUUCAUAAAGAAACGGGACCACCAGCUCUACGUGGGAAUCAGGCGGGCGCCGAGGUUCUCUUCCCGCGGCCCCCAGGCUUCUCUUCCCCCGGCGGCGGCGCCUCGGGACAAGAGGUUAGAGGUGCAUGUGGGCGCCCGGCAUGGGUUUUCGAGGAACGACAGGGGGAGGGUUCCGGCGGAGGUGGUGGUGGAGGCGCUGAGACUGGGGAGGAUGGGCCGGCCGUUUGAGGUGGUCCACUAUCCAAUGGCCUCAGCAGCGGACUUUGUGGUGGGGGUGGAGAAGGUGAAUGCGGCGUUGAGAGUGCCUUGGUUUGUCGGGAUGAGGGUCCGGAUGUCGGUGGAGAUAGAGGGGUCGUCCAGGACGAGAGUGUUCCAAGGAACAGUAUCCGAAAUCACCGCCCAGGACCAAGACCGGUGGUCCCUUUCUCCGUGGCGGGUGCUUCAGGUUGCCUGGGAUGAGGCAGGGGUUUUGCAAAAUGUUCAUAGUGUUAGUCCUUGGCAAGUGGACUUAGAUUCUGCCACUCCUCAAAUGCAAACCCUAAACCCUCCUACCAGGAGACCAGGGAUUUUACAGUGUUUCGAUUUACUCAUGGAUGCAGCAGGAAGAAUGUCCUCUCCUAUGACAGAAAAGAGUGAUACGAUAAUGGCCAGUACGGCACCAUCACUGUUGAGUUACGAUAUGUUUCCUGCUGGCAUGCAGGGAGCCAGGCAUAAUUCAGUCAGCAUACCAAAUUUUCCCAGUUUUGCACCCAGCAAUACUCAUAACUUGUACCUUGAUAAUCAGUUUAGCAAUGAUGUGCAACAGAAAACAACUGAGGUCUCUAAAGAAUUGAAUGUUGCAAGUACAUCGCAGUCAGAGAGCUCAUCACCUCUCAGCCAAGGUAGCAUCCAUUUCCAGGGCAUGGAGCUUCCUGCUUCUGCAGUUCGCAAUCCAAAUGAAGAAGAUAUUAGUCCUCCUUUUAAGUUGUUCGGUCAGAUCAUCCACAUAGUUCAGCCCCCUGAUGCUGAUAAAAGAUACAAAUAAGCUAAGAUGUAUUUGAUGAGAAAGGAUGAAGAUUAACUUCAGCAUCUGACUCUUGCAGCAGUAUUGUUUCGACUUCAUAGGACUAACAAGCGACAUUUUAACUCCUAUCUUGUCUCUCUUAUAUAGUAACACUGAAAAUAGUUUGACAUUUGAACUACCCAUUCCUGUUAGCAGCUAUCUAUUUGACAAUUUUCAGCUCCCUCUUGACAGUUCAGAGUGGCACCACCAUUUGGUAUACUUCUUUCCUCUGUGGUUGUAGUUUCUUGGAUCCGUAGUAGAUCAUUUGUUUUGAACCUGAGAUGGGGGAUUGCCCGUUAUAUGUCAGCCCCACUUGCUGACAGCAUGACACUGGUGCUUUUUCUGGUAUUUCCAUUAUGCUGAACUCUUUUUCUGAUCAUCCUUGUCUAAGAAAAGCUGAGACAAUAGUUACUCAAGGAGGAAAAAGUAGAAUUUAUUAAGGCUUUAGUUCCGUUAUGUUCAUGGAUAUCUUUGUUAAUUCAGUGCCAAGAAAUAUGUAGUGCUUUCUUUUUCUCAGUUGGUGGGAAAAAUGCUGUUGUGUCGAACGGUUCUGUGAUGGCUGAUAAGAUUCUCAAUCAUUCUUCUUGUAGCUAGAUCCAAUACCCUGAACCCUGUGGAAAGAAAAAAGACUUUCAUUGCUCCCUUUUGGGAAGGGAGGCUAAUGGAGAUCCUAUUUGUUGCUUUCUCUCUCUCUAGAAAAAAACAGAGAGAAAAAAAAUGAGGCUUG